UUUUGUAGUAUAUGUUGAAUACCGCACAUGUCAAAGUUUUAAAAUGAGUGUAGAAACAAAAAGUUGUUAUUUCUACACAGAUAAUAAUUUACAUACACCUAUUUUAUUACCAAAUAACAAAUCGAUAACUGUCGGUCGUAGUUGCGAUACUAAAAUAGUUGACACUAAAUGUUCACGUGAACAAGUCCGUUUAACCGCAAACUACAAUGACAAAUACAUAACCGUCGAACAAUUAGGUAAAAAGUCAUGCGGAUUAAAUGGCGUUAAAACCCAGAAAAAUCAUAAGUAUGUAGCUAAACAUGGCGAUACAUUAGAAUUAAUUUAUGGUAAUUAUCCACAUAAAUUUGAGUUUAUUCCACCACCAUCUGACCUUGCCUCAAUUGACACCCAUCAGCCUACUGAAAAUAAUAAUAAAAAUGAAAAAAAAAAUUCAAUCCGUCAAAAACGUAGUUUUGAUAGCGACAGUGACGAUGAUCUUACAAUAAAUACAAAAAAAAUGAAGAAUACUAUUUCAAGUCAUCAGGGUCAGAGCGCAUCGAAUGCCGAUAAAAAGAAUCAAGAUACUGGCGAAAGUUCAAAACAUACCGCUAAAAAUUUAAAUCAAACUCAAGUCACUGAAAACUCAAAAUUCAAAUGGAAAUCAGUUAAUGGCAGUUUGUUUAUUAUGACAAGUUCAAAUUGUGAAGCUAAGUCAAAAAUAGCGGCUUAUGAUUUGGAUGGUACUUUAAUUACAACAAAAUCAGGAUAUGUUUUUCCGCAAAAUGAAAGCGAUUGGAAAAUACUAUACCCAAAUAUUUCAAGAAAAUUAAAAGAGCUAUUCGAGAAUGAUCAUAAAAUUGUUAUAUUUACCAAUCAAAAUGGUAUUGAAAGUGGAUACACCAAUCUAACGGAAUUUAAACGUAAAAUUGAAGCGAUUACAGAAAAAUUGGAUGUUCCAUUCCAGGUUUUUGUAGCGGGUUUAAGAGAUUUCAACCGAAAACCAUUAAUAGGAAUGUGGCAACGUCUAUCUGAGUACGAAAAUGAUGGUAUCGAAAUAAAUAAAGACGCAAGUUUUUAUGUCGGAGAUGCUGCAGGUCGCCCAAAAAAUUGGAUGUUGAAAGCUAAAAAAGAUCAUUCAUCUGCUGAUCGUCUAUUUGCCAUAAAUGUUGGGCUAAAAUUUCUAACGCCUGAAGAACAUUUUCUGGGUUAUGGAAAAGCUAAAUUUGAUAUGCCUAAAUUUGAUCCGAAACAAUCUAAAAAUCUAACGGUUUUUGAACCUUCAGACGCUCUCGAAACGGCAGCUGGACAAGAGGUUAUUAUAAUGGUAGGUGGGCCUGGAAGUGGAAAAUCAUUUGUGGUAGCUAAUUAUUUACAAAAAUAUGAUCAUAUCAAUCGAGAUAAACUUGGAAGUUGGCAAAAAUGCGUCACGAUGAUGGAAAAGUCAUUAGAUGAGGGAAAAUCUGUCGUAAUUGAUAAUACUAAUCCAGAUGUCGCUUCCAGAAAAAGAUUUAUCGACGUUGCAGUUAAAAAAAAGGUUACUGUAAGAUGUUUCGUACUCACGACAACUCCUGAACAUGCCAAACACAAUAAUAAGUUUCGAGAACUGACUGAUAAAAACCACACUACCAUCAGCGACAUCAUUAUCAAUUCCUAUUAUAAGAAUUACGUCCAGCCACAAAAGGAUGAAGGGUAUUCACAAAUAGUUAAAGUUAAUUUUGUACCGAAAUUCAAAUCCGAAUCAGAUCGUAAGCUCUACUCAAUGUACUUACUUGACAAGUAGUCAAAAAUUUGUAUGAAUUUAAAUAAAUAAUAUUUUUGAAAACUGUAAAAUCCAACAAAAUA